CCAGAAGAUAGAUCAGAGGCAGUUCUCGGUUUCUCCUUCCAUACUUGUUAACAAUGCCGUCUCCCCUUUUUUCUUCGGUAAUACUAUGCAUUUCUCUCUGGAUUUUGCUAUUAUCACCCGCACAGUCACUCACCUGCACCUCCCAAAAACUCCCAAACAACAAGCAAUAUGCUAACUGUUCUGACCUCCCUACACUCGACUCCUACCUUCACUAUACUUACAAUGCCUCCAACUCCUCCCUCUCAAUCGCCUUCCUCUCCACUCCGGCCUCAUCCGACGGCUGGGUCGCCUGGGCCAUCAACCCCACCGCCACCGGCAUGGCUGGAUCCCAGGCGUUAAUCGCUUUCAAAUCCAGCGGCUCCUUUGUCGUCCAAACUUACAACAUCAGCUCCUACAGUUCCAUUGUGCAAUCAAAGUUGUCUUUCGACGUCUGGGACCUGAAAGCAGAAUCUGCUUCCAACGGUGCUUGGGUAAUCUAUGGGUCGUUGAAAGUUCCGGUUAAAGCGGAGAAGUUGAACCAAGUUUGGCAGGUUGGUGCUAAAGUUACGAAUGGUUUUCCCGAUAAGCAUGACUUCAAGCCGGCCAAUCUCGAUGCUAAGGGAACUUUAGUUCUGGUUGGAACUCCAGUGAGUCCAACGCCUGCAUCGGCGCCUGCGCCUUCAGGCUCAGCUGGGGGGUCCCCAGCCCCCGAAAAGGGUGGACAGUCAACACUCACAGCUAAUUAUUUGGGCUUCUUUCUGGGUUCAUUAAUUGUUUUGGCCUUUUGAUUUAGCUGUCCAUGUUCCUCCCAUUGAUUCCGGAUGAAUAAUAGUAUUGUUUUAGCCAAUUUGCAGUUUUUUAAUUUAGAAAUGCCGCUUCUGAAUAAAUCUAACACCGUCGUUGUCACGAUCAUAGACGACGAGUCUUGUGACCCCAUAAAUUUAUGGCAUGUGCCACAAUUUUAUGGUCGGUCGUAUCUAUGGA